AUGAUGAAAUUGGCCCUGCCCUACCACCACUCUUUCUCCCCAAUCCUCACGCCGCCAUCCACAGCCGGCGCCAACCUCCUCUUCCCGCCCAAUUUCCACCGCCACCGCCGCCUGACCCACCUACCGGUUCCCCGCCGCAGCCUCUCCAUAACAGCCAGAUCGAGGAAACAAAUUGUCUACGGCAACCCUAGCGUCACCGUCGAGAAAGGCAAGUACAGCUACGAAGUCGAAACCCUAAUCAACAAUCUCUCCGGCCUCCCGCCACGCGGCAGCAUCUCUCGGUGCCUCGAACCUUUCCGGAACAAGCUCUCGCUCUCCGACUUCACCAACGUGUUCCGGGAGUUUGCCCAGCGCGGCGACUGGCAGAGGUCCCUUCGCCUGUUCAAGCAUAUGCAGCGCCAUAUAUGGUGCAAGCCCAAUGAGCACAUUUAUUCUCUCGUAAUCGGGAUCCUCGGCCGGGAGGGGCUUCUGGAUAAAUCAGCGGAGAUUUUCGAAGAGAUGGAAAUGGAUUCUGUCCCAAGAACCGUGCUUUCUUACACUGCGAUUAUUAACACCUACGGUAGGAAUGGGCAGUACGAGGUUGCGUUGGAACUGCUCGAGAGAAUGAAGAAGGAGAGAGUUUUGCCGAAUAUUUUGACUUACAAUACCGUUAUAAAUGCUUGUGCCCGAGGCGGGUACUCGUGGGAGGGGCUGUUGAGUUUGUUUGGUGAAAUGAGGCAUGAGUGCAUUCAUCCCGAUUUAGUUACUUACAAUUUGCUUUUAGGUGCGUGCGCUAGCAGAGGGUUGGGGGAAGAGGCCGAGAUGGUUUUUAGGACGAUGAACGAGAGUGGGGUUUUGCCGGACAUUAAUACGUACAGUUAUUUAGUCCAAACAUUUGGGAAGUUGGGGAAACUGGAGAAAGUUUCGGAGCUUCUUGCUGAGAUGGAGGCUGAUGGGAAUUUGCCGGAGAUAAUGAGUUAUAACGUGUUGUUGGAGGCGUAUGCCAACUCGGGGAAGAUAAAGGAGGCUAUGGGUGUUUUCAGGCAGAUGCAGGCUGUGGGGUCCACGCCGAAUGCCGGGACGUUUAGUAUCUUGUUAAAUAUGUUCGGGAAAAAUGGUAGGUAUGAAGACGUGAGAGAUCUUUUUCUCGAGAUGAAGGUGAGUAAUACUGAGCCGGAUGCUAAUACGUAUAACAUACUGAUCGAUGUUUUUGGCGAGGGAGGGUAUUUUAAGGAGGUUGUCACAUUGUUCCAUGAUAUGGUGGAGGAAAAUGUGGAGCCGAAUAUGGAGACAUACGAGGGGUUGAUUCGUGCCUGUGGGAAAGGGGGGCUUCAUGAGGAUGCAAAGCGGAUUUUGCUUCAUAUGAAUGAAAAUGGAUUCAUUGCCAGUUCCAAAGCAUAUACGGGGCUGAUUGAGGCCUAUGGUCAGGGGGGCUUAUACGAGGAGGUUCUUGUUGCGCUUAACACAAUGAACGAGAUUGGGAGUGUGCCAACUAUCGAGACCUAUAAUACUCUGAUUAAUGCGUAUGCGAAAGGUGGGCUUUACAAGGAAGCUGAGGCUAUUUUGUCAAGAAUGGACCAGUUGGGUGUUCCUAAAAAUAGGGAUACAUUGAAUGGUAUGAUUGAGGCGUAUAGGCAGGGAGGCCAAUUUGAGGCAGCCAUAAAGGCUUAUGUUGACCUGGAGAAGAUAAACGCUCAUCCGGAUGAAUACACUCUUGAGUCGGUUUUGAGCGUGUAUUGCUUUGCCGGCCUUGUUGAUGAGAGUGAAUUACAGUUUGGGGAGAUUAAGGAGUUGGUUGGCAAUCCUAGUGUUAUGUGUUACUGUAUGAUGCUGGCAGUAUAUGCAAAUUCCGACAGGUUAGACAAGGCCAGUGAAUUGCUAAAUGAAAUGCAGACAAAUAAGGCGUCAGAUGCUCACCAGAUUAUAGGACAUAUGAUUAAGGGAGAUUAUGAUGACGACAGUAAUUGGCAAAUGGUGGAGUACGUAUUUGACAAGCUCAAUUCUGAGGGAUGUGACUUACGAAUUAGGUUCUAUAACACUAUUCUCGAAGCACUUUGGUGUUUAGGCCAGAAGGAAAGGGCUGCAAGGGUGCUUCAUGAAGCAACAAAAAGGGGAUUAUAUCCAGAAUUAUUUCGUAAAAACAAACGUAUAUGGUCUGUAGACGUGCACAGGAUGUGGCCUGGUGGUGCAUGUACUGCAAUAUCAGUCUGGCUGAACACUAUGCAAAAGCUGUUCAAUAAAGGGGAGGAACUUCCUCAACUAGCGACUGCUAUUGUUGUGUGA